CAUAAAAACUCCAUUCACUCUCAACAUGAAGCUUGUUUGGUCACCCGAAUCCGCCUCUGACGCCUACAUUGACACCGUUAGAUCAUGUAAGAACUACAAAGAAUCAGGAGUGGCGGAGUUCUUAUCAGCUACAGCGGCUGGAUGGAACGCGAGGCUAAUCGUCGAGACAUGGUCACGCGGGGAUCCAGUCGCGACCAGCGUGGGACUAGCGGUUGCUGCAGCUCACACGUCAGGGAGACAUGUGUGCAUAGUACAAGAUGAGCAGUCGAAACAUGAGUACGUAUUAGCCAUGAGAGGAGUGGUUACUACGGAAGCUACGGAGGUCGUGGUGGUCAUAGAAUCUACAGAGAACACUAUGGAGGAGUUUCCCGGCGUGGAGUUCUUGGUGGUGGACUCAAAGCGACGAGAGUUCUUAAGAACGCUGAGGUCUGCGAAAUUAAGCAACAAGGGCGCCGUUUUAGUGUGUAAAAACGCCGCGCAGAGAGCGAUCUCUCGUUUCAAAUGGCAAGAUGUGUUGAAAGGAGAGACACGUGUAGCGAGAUCCGUGUUUUUGCCUGUUGGGAAUGGGUUAGAUAUCGCACACGUGGGAGCUAUCGGUGGUCUCCAACGUGGUGAAUCAAGGAAGCAUCCUAGCCGUUGGAUAAGACACGUGGAUCAUCUAUCGGGAGAGGAGCAUUUGUUCAGACGUUAGAAUUGGAAUUUACUCUUUUUUACCCUUUAUGAUGUCUAAUGAUGUAAAUAAACAUCCAAACAACAAAAUUAAUUUCUCAUAAUCAACAUGUCUACACGAUGUAAAAUUAUUGAUACUACUUCUUCAUACA